GAUGUGUUUUCUGCUCGUUGCCUAUCCUGUUUCAUCCUACUCCCCAUCUCUGGUAUAAAAAUAACCAAACAUUGGGUGAGCAUUUUGAAGUGAAAUACCGAAGAUGAAAGUGCUAUUUCUCUUAUUCUUCCUGUGCUUAUCAACUUAUGUUAAUGCAUGGGUUGCGAGAGGUCAAACUGAUAGUGAAAAAUUGAAAGGACAUCCGAAUCAAUGUUGGACUGAGGAUCUGGGCUAUAUUGAAAGUGGUGUGACAAAAAGGUUACCAAAACAAUGUGCUGAAUUGUCUUGUGGUAAAAAUGGAGAAUACACUAUCACUGGCUGUAUUUCUGUAAAUGUUGAACCACCAUGUACAGUGGAAAAAGGAGAUCUUUCGAAGCCAUAUCCAGAUUGCUGCUUCGAAGUGAAGUGCCCUAAGAAAUCUAAAUUAUAACAUGUUUUUUAUAAUAAUGUUUAUGAACACAAUUUCGAAAUAUAAUUUGAAUGAGU